CCUGCAAUGGAAAGGAAAUCAAGAGAAGCACCAAGGACAAGAAAAAAAUGGCGACCGAAGAGCACUUCGUGGAGCUCGUGCUUCUUUCUCAUUGAGAAACCCUAGUUUUCACCGCAUCCCUUUCUCUUCCUUCCCAAAUCCACUUCCUUCAACCCUAAUUUCUCAAAUUUAGUGUCUUUUUGUUCUCACAAUCUUUAUCCAAGGAGCUUGUAUUUUUGUCCAUUGAUAUUGAAAAAGUUCGGAGCUUUUGAAAUUUGGGAGGUGAAAGGAGAAGAGUUAUGUAUAGUCAUAGAGAUCGAGGAGGAGGGUCGUCGAAAUCGGAGCUAGUGGGAGGACCGUUGGAUCGGAAGCGCAUAAACGAUGCGCUGGACAAGCAUUUAGAGAAGUCGUCACCAUCCACUUCGAGGGGCUUGAACCGCAAAGACAAAGAAAGAUCCUCUGUUCCUUCAACUUCCACUGGUAAAUCCCAGCUUGAUCAUCGCGAUUCCCGCUCUGCAGCUCUCUCUAAAGCCAAAUGUUCUGAUGAGGAAUCUGAAACGGACAGUGAAGAAUCAGAUGUUAGUGGUUCUGAUGGAGAUGACACAUCUUGGGUCUCAUGGUUUUGCAAUUUGCGAGGCAAUGAGUUUUUCUGUGAAGUUGAUGAUGAAUACAUCCAAGAUGACUUUAAUCUUUGUGGGUUAAGCAGUCAGGUUCCAUAUUAUGACUAUGCACUGGAUUUAAUAUUAGAUGUUGAAUCUUCUCAUGGUGAUAUGUUCACUGAAGAACAGAAUGAGUUGGUUGAAUCGGCAGCUGAGAUGUUGUAUGGUCUUAUACAUGUCCGAUACAUAUUAACUAGCAAGGGAAUGUCUGCAAUGUUGGAGAAAUACAAAAACUAUGACUUUGGAAGAUGCCCAAGAGUCUACUGCUGUGGACAACCUUGUCUUCCAGUUGGUCAAUCAGAUAUUCCUCGUUCAAGUACGGUGAAAAUCUACUGUCCGAAAUGUGAAGAUAUAUAUUAUCCUCGAUCCAAGUAUCAAGGCAAUAUUGAUGGAGCUUAUUUUGGUACGACAUUUCCACAUCUGUUUCUGAUGACAUAUGGGCACCUGAAGCCACAAAAGCCAUCACAAAACUACAUCCCAAGAGUUUUUGGCUUCAAGAUCCACAAGCCCUGAUGUGAUACAGAAGUUGCAAGCUUAAGAUCUCCUGUAGUCGAACAGCUGGCGGCGAUUUUCACUCCGAGCCCGGUGCUUCUCUCUGUGCAGUGGAUGCCCUACCAUGCAAGGUGCAGUUGGUUUCCGAAAAAAAAGAAUUGUUACAAUUGAUGCGAAUGAAAAUGUAUAAAAAUGAAAUAUGGCCUGUUAGUUGAGCACAAUGUAUCUCUAGAAUUUAUUCAUGAAUUUAACAGAGCAUUUAUAAGCA